AUGGCCGCCUCUUUGGCAUUCCUGCAGAUCCGGGCGGCUAGGGAGGUCUUUGCUCACGUAAUUGUGGGCAACGUGCCCGAGUUCACGCUGGCCGACUGGGAGGAGGACAUGCGGCUGGCGCAGGAGGCCAAGAUCGACGGGUUCGCGCUCAACAUUGCGGCCGAAGACCCGUCCAUCGAGGCGUCGCUGGAGCUGGCGUUCGAGGCGGCCGGCGAGCGCGACGGCUUCUCGCUCUUCUUCUCGUUCGACUACCUGGCGCAGGGCCCGUGGCCGGCCGAGCGCGUGACGGAGCUGGUGAAAAAGUACGGCGCGAGCGAGUCCUACUUCAAGCCGGACGGCCGGCGCCCGUUCGUGUCCACUUUUGAGGGCCCCUCGAACGCGGACGACUGGCGGAACAUCAAGGCGGCGGUCGACGUCUUCUUCGUGCCGGAUUGGUCCUCCAUUCCGGCAAAGGAGGCGGUCGCGGCGGCGGGGGGCGUGGCGGACGGGCUGUUCAGCUUCGACGCUUGGCCCGAUGGGGCGGCCAACAUGACGACCGAGGGCGACGAUGCAUUCCGGGCGGCGCUCGGCGACGACAAGGCGUACAUGAUGCCGGUGGCGCCCUGGUUCUACACCAACCUGCCCGGGUUUGGGGGCAAGAACUGGCUGUGGCGCGGUGACGGCCUGUGGGACGCGCGGUGGCGGCAGGUGGCCGAGGUGCGGCCAGAUUUCGUCGAGAUCCUGACGUGGAACGACUUUGGCGAGUCACACUACGUCGGCCCCGUGCGCGACAAGGAGCUGGGCCUGUUUGAGAGCGCCGACGCGCCCCUCAAUUACGCCCGCGGCAUGACCCACGACGGCUGGCGCCGGUUCCUGCCCUUCUACAUCGACGUCUACAAGACGGGCAAGGUGCCCGACCGGGUCGGCGAGGAAGGGGUUAUGGCCUACUACCGCACCGCACCGGCGCUGGCCUGCCCCGCCGGCGGCACGACGGGCAACAACAAGGCGCAGGGCCAGGCCGAGCUGCCGCCGGAGGAGCUGGUCGAGAACAGCGUCUUCUACGCGGCCCUGCUCGACUCGGACGACGGCGUCGCGGUCGAGGUGUCCAUCGGCGGCAAGAAGCUGCCCGGGCGGUUCGGCACCGUGCCCGCCGCCGGGCCGGGGACGCCGGGCGUGUACACGGGCAGCGCGCCGUUCGGCGGCAACACGGGCGAGGUCGUCGUCACGGUGUCGAGGGACGGUAAGACGAUCGCCACGGUCGAGGGCGGCAAGGACAUCUCCAACGAGUGCGAGAACAAUGUGCAGAACUGGAACGCUGUCGCUGUGUAG